AUGGGAGAUCGUCAGGAGGUCCCAAACGCGCUGAUCAUUAUAACUGACGAGGCUUCCAACGCGGACGCCAAAAAACUCAAGAAAUCCAGCCAAGCCGUCAAGAAAAAGAACACGAAAGUUUACACCAUUGGUGUGGGCAUGAAGGACAUGUCGGAGCUGCAGACUGCAGCCUCUGACCCCAGUAACGUGUUCUCAGUGGACACUAUGGAUGAUUUGAUGUCUGUUAGGGAGCAGCUGGUUGGCAAAAUUAAAGCACUGCAAGGUGAUGUCAGUGCUUUUAUGCCUGUUUUCAAGACCGUAGGCGACUUGUCAGCAACGAAAACCCUAGACUUGGUGUUCCUACUUCACACGUCCAAGAAAAUCAACCGUGGCAAGUACCAGUACUACAAAGAUUUUAUCUCGGACAUUAUCCGAGGAGCCGACAUAGACUCCGGCAAAGUCCGUGUCGCCGUUGCGGCAUACCGCAAACGGGGAGUUGUGAUUUUCAAUCUGAAGAAGUACAAAACCAUGGACAAAGUUCAGACUGCGGUUGAAGGAUUAAAGUUGUACAGGUCUAAAGUUGGAAGUGUUGCCAAAGGUCUUGACCUCGUACGUGGAAAAAUUCUCUCGAAGGCCGGAGGAGACCGGCCUGACGUACCCAAUGUGGUUGUCCUCCUGACUGACGCCAAAUCGACCGUUGAUGAGAAGAAGAUUAAAUCUUCGGCCAGGAAGGUUAGGAACGCCGGCACGAAAAUAUUUGCUGCAGGAAUUGGCAAAGCUGUCGAGCCUCAGCUCAAACUGAUUGCGUCAUCUGAUGAUGAUGCGUUCAGUGUGGCUUCUCUGGACGAUCUGUUCGCGUUCAAGGAGAAAAUAGUCAAACAGGUUGCCCCACACUCGACCAAGGCAGAUAUUGCGAUCGUCUUCCACUUGUCCUCUGGCAUCGCCCCGGCGAACAUCCCCAAGUACUUUGUUCCUUUCCUCAAGGCCAUCCUAGAGAAAGCGAACAUUGACGGCGGCGAUGUUAGGGUUUCUCUCACCAACUUCGCCAAGCGGCCACGAGUUCGGUUCAAUUUGGCCAAGUUCAAGACGUCUGCUGAUGUGAUGAAACAAAUCAACGCCAUCGGGCGCAAGGACCGCGCUAGAGUUGGCAACGGAGCAAACGCCUUGAAAAAUGUCCGCACCAAGAUUUUCAGCAAGAAGGGCGGAGAUCGCCCCGAUGCCCCCAACGCUGUCAUUCUGAUCAUGGACAACAAGAGCGUCGGAAACCAAAAAGUCUUCUUCAGAGAGGCGGAACAACUGAAGGCGACAGGGGCAAAGAUCAUCACAGUAGGCAUGGCAAAGGCCAAUGCGGCAGAACUGAGGGCUGUUGCCUCCCAGCCAGCUGAUGACAACGCCAUCUUCGCCAAGGGAUACAACAACAUCGCCAGCCCCGACGUCAUUGAGCCCAUCAGGAACGGCAUCCGUGCUCGUAAGUCUUACGUUGUUGUGGAAGGCAUCAUCACAGUAGGCAUGGCAAAGGCCAAUGCGGCAGAACUGAGGGCUGUUGCCUCCCAGCCAGCUGAUGACAACGCCAUCUUCGCCAAGGGAUACAACAACAUCGCCAGCCCCGACGUCAUUGAGCCCAUCAGGAACGGCAUCCGUGCUCGCCAGGAUAGGGCGGACAUUGUGUUCGCUGUCCACUUCAACCCAAGAGGCAGCCAGGCCGACUUUGAUCGCCUCGUCUCCUUCCUGCAGUCUUUGAUCGCCACGUCAGACGUCGACGGCAAAAAAGUCAGAUUUGGCCUGUACAUUGAUGGGGGGAUCGUCAAGUUCAACUUGAAUAAGAAUCCAACCAAUGCUGCUCUAGCACGAGCUCUGUCCAGCCUGAGGCGGCGAGAGGCCAGGGUACAGAAGUUUGACCUGGAGAGAGUUUUGCAGGACACCAGGAGGCGCAUGUUUACCCCACAGGGCGGAGACAGAUUGGGCGUUCCUAACGGUCUUGUUGUUAUCACUGACGCCAAUUCUGGGCAGGACAGAAGAGCUCUCCGCAGUGAAAGUCGACGUGCGGCAGAAGCCGGCAUUGGCGUGUAUACUUUGGGUAUCGGCCUCUCGGACAAGGGAGAGCUCGAGAACGUAGCUAGUUCCUCCAACAACGUAUUUGCCUUCUCUGACUACAACGAACUGGAGAGAUAUGGCGCUCUUCUCAGGAAGGAGAUCAGAGCUUUGGACACAAGACAAGCUCCCGUCCCCACUACACGUGAUAGGGUAAGGUUGUCCGAGAGACUACACCAAAUACCCUUGGCUGACUCUGUAGCAGAGGGUCUAGACUGCAACCCUCGUGUCGAUCUCGUUUUUGCUUUCCAGCAGACUAAACGAAUAACUGAGAGCCACUUCAGAAAGAUGGUCGAUUUCGCCAAAAACGUCGUACUCUACAGCACAGAAAUAGAUGACGGUAUACUGCACGUUUCGGCCGUAACAUUUGGAGCACAUAGAGAAAAGACACACUUUGGGUUAGACAAGUAUUCUUCACGACAAGCUAUUUAUUGGAACAUAGACAGAAUCUCACGUUUUAAGCUCAAAGGUAGUCGUGUCAAAGGCGAGAACAGCGACGUUUUCUCACACAUUUCGUCAAAAGUGUUUGACAUGAAGUCCUUAAGUGCGAAAAUGAUUAUCAUCGUAAUGGGUGAUCAGUUUCGAAGGCGUUCUUCUGUGUUCAUAAAGUCUGCUGAGAAGGCAAAAGCGAGAGGCACCAAAGUGUUUGCGAUCGGCAUCGGCCCCAUCCCAGGAGCCAUUGCGACUCGUGUGGCGAGUCCACCGAGGGCGAUAAAUGCACUGGUGCUCAAGGACUUUGACGAGCUGUCUCAAAUUGACUCAAAACACCUGCGACUCCCAAAUCUGGACCUCUGCAAGUUGGUGGAAAAGCAAGCUGUUCAGGAUCAGAGAUUGACUUAG